ACGUACAGUUACAUAUCGAUAGGCGUAACCCUGACGUGCAGCAGAAUGGAAGUUGUUGCGCCUUACGCAUCGUGGGCACUGGGUCUCCUUUCGCAACUUAGUCAGCAAGCUUCUCCGGCUUCAGUAGCUGCGACCUCAGCACCGGUUGUUAAAACAGCUAUACCUAGCCCGAUGUCCUUAGGCCUAAAGAUCCUGUUGGAGCCAACAGCCGGCGGUUUGGUCUUCCGCGCUGCGAGCAACACGCUGGCGAUUGUGUACCCCGUGUAUGCGAGCGCCAAGGCUAUCGAGUCUGAAGGCUCAGCCGAUGACGUCCAGUGGCUAACAUACUGGACGCUGUAUGGGAGCAUCAUCCUGGCCGAGCAUGUGGCGGACAAGGUGCUAGGCAGGGUGCCGUACUACUACCACGCCAAGUUCGCGGCGCUGCUGUGGCUGCAGCUGCCUCAGACGCGGGGUGCCACCUACCUCUACACGCGCUACUACAAGCCCGCACUGGCGCGGUACGGCCCGCGGAUAGACGCGGUGCUGGCCAGGGGGCAGCAGCUGCUGUCGCUGCUGUACUCCACCUACCGGCUGCCCUUGGAGGCCUCCCUGGC